CCCGCCUGCUAUACAUACACACUCGUUUGUUUUGGAUCUGGAUCCGAGCCGAGACAUCAUUGUUUUGAGAAUAAUUCUCUCUUCUUGCGAAGAAAGUAAGGGGAAUUUGACGGGAAGAGGCCAUACUUCCGAAACUAGGACGACGUGCGUUUCAAAAGCUCUGGUUUGUUUGAAUGAUCAACUCUGCCGACUCGUUGAAAUAGACUAUUGAUGGAAGAGAGAGGUUAAGAGAUUCUGCCUGCUUCACCAUGAGUCAAGUAAAUGUUACCGCAGUGCCUCAAAAGUAUCAUUCUCUCCUCCUAUUAACGCGAAACUUCUCUUCAACAACUUAUUCAAAGCAACGCAGAGUUGUUGUGACAGGUUAUGGAGCUCUUAGUCCCAUCGGCCACUCAGCAACAGAGUCAUGGAAUAAUCUUCUUGCUGGGAAAUGUGGAGUUGUGAGGCUGAAAGGUGAAGGAUAUGAUAAGCUCCCAUGCCAAGUUGCCGCUAGAAUAACCCCACCUAUUGACCUUACCAAACAUUUUCCCAAAUCCGAACUUCGGACAAUGGCGCCAGCAACGGCAUAUAGUCUGAUUGCUGCACAGGAAGCUCUCAAUUGUGCGCAGUGGCAUCCAAAAACUAAAGAAGAAAAAGAGCGAACUGGAGUUGCUGUGGGUAUGGGUAUGAUUGACUUGGAUGAUGUAUGUGAAACAGCAGAGGCCCUCAAGAGAAGUUACAAUAGAGUAAGUCCUUACUUUGUGACACGUAUUUUACCUAAUAUGGCUGCUGGGCAGAUUAGUAUUAGACAUGGUUUUUGCGGACCAAAUCAUGCAGUGUCAACGGCUUGUGCAACUGGUGCUCAUGCUAUAGGUGAUGCUUUUCGGUUUAUUCAACAUGGAGAUGCUGAUGUCAUGGUUUGUGGUGGUGCUGAAGCUUGUAUUAGUCCCCUGUCAAUUGCAGCCUUUUCCAGAAUGAGAGCACUUAGUACAUCAUUCAAUGACUGCCCAGAAAAAGCAUCAAGACCGUUUGAAAAGAAUAGAGAUGGGUUUGUCAUGGGAGAAGGAUCAGCAAUUCUUGUUCUUGAGGAAUUACAACAUGCUCUUGCUAGAGAAGUGAAGAUAUAUGGUGAGAUACUGGGAUAUGGAUUGUCUGGAGAUGCUUCACACUUGACUUCUCCAAGUGAUAGUGGAACAGGUGCUAUUUUAUCAAUGACUAGGGCUCUUCAUUCGGCAAACAUUGAUCUUGCACAAAUAGGUUACAUAAAUGCUCAUGCUACAUCUACUCCUCUUGGAGAUGCUAUUGAGAGCAAAGCUAUUCACACAGUUUUUGGUGGCCAUAGCAAAGAAAUAGCUGUUUCUUCAACCAAAGGAGCUCAUGGGCAUCUUUUGGGGUCUGCAGGAAACUUAGAAACCCUCUUUACUAUCCUUGCAUGCAACACUGGAUUAAUUCCAGCAACAAUAAAUCAUACGGAAUCUGAUAUUGAUUUAAAUCUAAAUUAUGUGCCAAACACUAGUCAAAAGUGGAACCACAAUUCUAAUGCUCCAAGGAUAGCUCUGAAAAAUGCCUUUGGGUUUGGUGGUACAAAUGCAACAUUAUGUAUAAGUGAAUAUAAAACCAAUGUAUAGAUAGAUUACCUAUGUGAAUAUAUUUUUUUACCAUAUUACAUGUAAUGACUCAAAAA